CAGACCAGGGUGUUCUCCCGCCAAGACAAGCGCAUUUCCCAGCGUUUUGGUUUGGGCAUUAGGCUGAAUGCCUGGAUCUGCGGCCAUGGGCUAUCCUGAGAUGUGUCUUGUUUGGUGAAGGGGCGUCUUCUUCCGCCUCACCGUUAAAACGUAAACCGUGUCAUUUUGUUGCAAUUUUUGUGAAGAAGCCAGCAGCACGCCCCCAUCAUCUACAUAAGCCCUUGGAACCCUGGGAGAUAGCGCGCCGCCAAUAUGGGAUUCCGACUCUACGGAACGCUGUUGAUAGUGCUGGUUGCUAUCGUGUCCCAGGUGGUACACGGCACUGAAGUCUGUCCAUGGAGUCCAUUGCAGCAGAAGUCGGAGCCCACAUGUGGCAUUGGCAUCUCACCCCCGAGCAAGGACACCGAAUGGGAGGGUCCUCACAAUUGCAUCGGGAAGCACUGCAUCUUCUCGAACCGCCAGUUCCGAGGAGGGAUAGUGCUUGCCACGACGGCGGAAAAUGCCGCCAUAGUGAAGCGAAUGGUGAAGGAAUAUACUCCGAAGGCCGAGGAUGACACCAAGAGUCCUUCUUACUACGAGGCCGACAUCCCGGGAAAGGGGCUGGGUCUCAUAGCCAACAGGACGAUACGGAUGGGAGAGCACAUCAUGAGUAACACGCCAGCCGCGAUGAUGCAACUCAGAUUGCACAAUACCAUGCCAGACAAAUACCAAGUCGGCAUGUACAACAUGGCCGUGCAGAAACUUCCCGCGCCGACCCGGAGGGCGUUCCGGAGCCUGGUUGGGGACACCAUCGUGGAUAUCUUGAACAAGAAUUGCUUCCGGAUGGAUAUCGACGGUGACAAGGAAGAGGCCCACCACCUAGGCUGCUUCCUAGACGUAGCCCGGUUCAACCACGACUGCAGGCCAAACAUCCAAUACCACAUCCGCAACCUAACCAUCACCACCAUCGCAGUCCGUGACAUCGCCCCAGGCGAAGAGCUCUCAGUAAGCUACAUCGACGCAGCCAUGCCUCGCGCCGAGCGCCAAGAGCGCCUCCAAUGGUGGGGCUUCACCUGCGCCUGCUCGCACUGCCUCAUGCCGGCCACCGAGGUGUCCGUCUCGGACGCGCGUAUCACCCAGAUCGUCACCCUGCGCGACGAGCUCGACGACCCGCAGAGCACAGCCGUGACGGCCGAGACGGGCCGCGAGCUCGUGGCCCUGUACGAGGCCGAGCGCCUCGACAUGUACCUCGGCGGGGCGCGCACGCGCGCCGCCCUGAACCUGGCCCUGUUUGGCGACGUCGAGGGCGCGCGGGAGAUGGCCGCGAGGGCGGUGGAGGCGCUGGAGAGGGAGGGAGGGACGGGGCGCGCGGAUUGGUUGUCUAUGAGGCAGCUGGCUGAGGACCCGGAGAAGCAUUGGACUUGGGGCCAGAGGAGGGGUGGGGGAAAGGGGCGAGGCCCGAAGCCUAAGUAG